AUGGAUUGGCCUGCAUUUACGGCAGAGAUCGAGGCUUUCCAGAGGCUACAUGAGGAUUUUGACGAUGUGAGUCUGUCUCAUAUUCCUCGGAGUCGGAAUGGUCGGGCAGAUGCGUUAGCAAAGAAUGCAAGGACCAGAGACUACUUGUUUUCCCAUAUAGAUCAGACCCGGACAGAUGGAGAUGCUCUUAGGAGAAUCGGUCUUAAAGAUCAGUACAUGACGAUUGAGAAUCCAUUGGAUCUUUGGAAUGCUUUAAAGCACAGAUAUGAUCACCAAAAGAUGGUGUUGCUUCCAAAGGCAAGGCACGACUGGAUGCAUCUCAGAUUCAUGGACUAUAAGUCGGUGGAUGAGUAUAAUUCAGCCUUGUUCAAGAUAGUAUCCAUACUAAGGCUUUGUGGUGAAGAAGUGUCCGAUGUGAUGAUGCUUGAAAAGACCUACACGACUUUUAAUCAGUCGAAUUCUGCAAACAAUGAGCUUCUUAUGAAAAAUAGUGGAGCUAGACCGGCCGGGACAGCACCAUUACCCGAAGCCCAUGAGGUUGAAAAGAAAGAUCCCAAAGAGACCUACUACACCCAAGACAACAGGAAACCAUACGGCCAUGGCCGUGGUGGGUACAGGGGACGUAGGCGUGACAAUCAUAACGGUCGAGACAACUACUCAACCGGCCGAAAAGGAAACCACAAUAACUGUGGUCGUGAUUCCAAUUACGGUCGGGGCCGAGGGAGUUAUGGCCGUGGACGAGGUGGCAUAUCCAAACCAUCUUACACGUCCAAGGACAACAAAGAUGACCAAAUGGAUUUUGAGACAUCCGACUGUCUAAAGGACUAG